UUUCUCUUGGUAUUGCGCGCUUGAAUUUUGCACACUCCCCGCCAAUCUUCUUUUCUCCGUUCGCUGUUAACCAAAUUACUGAGGUUUUAGGAAUCAAUGGCCACCAGAAAUCGAACUGUACUAUUUAGAAAGCACAGAGAUGCCGUCAAGAGUGUUCGAGCUCCUUUAUCUUCCUCAGCUUCUGGUUCCGGUGGUCCCGUUAUUGAAAUGGUUAGCACUUCACUUCUUCGUUCGAAUCAAUCUUCAUAUGCUCCUCUAAGCACCGAAGAUCCGGGCCCUUCGAGAGAUGCAUUUACUGUGGGGUUGCCACCGGCUUGGGUAGAUGAUUCUGAAGAAAUAGCUGCAAAUAUACAACGUGCUCGGGCUAAAAUGUCUGAGCUUGUCAAACUUCAUGCAAAGGCAUUAAUGCCCUCUUUUGGUGAUGGUAAAGAAGAUCAACAACAGAUUGAGAUUCUCACCCAGGAGAUUACAACUAUCUUGAGAAAAUCUGAGAUGAAGCUAAAAAGACUUUCUGCCACAGGCGGGUCCUCUGAGGAUUCAAACGUUAGAAAAAAUGUGCAGCGUUCCCUUGCUACAGACCUUCAGAACCUGUCAAUGGACCUCCGGAGAAAGCAGUCACAAUACUUGAAACGGUUGCAGCAGCAAAAGGAGGGAUAUGAUGGGGUUGACUUGGAGAUGAAUGUGAAUGGGUAUAAAUUUGGUUCGCAGGAUGAUGGAUUCAGUGAUGUGGGUCUCAGUGAUCAUCAGAUGGCGAAGCUAAAGAAGAGUGAGCAAUUCUCGGAGGAAAGGGAAAGAGAGAUUGAACAGGUCACUAAAUCAGUGAAUGAGCUGGCACAGAUCAUGAAGGAUCUCUCUGUUCUUGUGAUAGACCAGGGGACGAUUGUUGAUAGAAUUGAUUACAACAUUCAGAAUGUUGCUACAUCUGUUGAAGAGGGCUUUAAGCAGUUGGAGAAGGCUGAGAGAACACAGAAGAAAGGAGGAAUGGUUACGUGUGCAACAGUGCUUGUUAUAAUGUGCUUCGUCAUGCUAGUCCUCUUGAUACUCAAGAUGAUAUUGUUUUAGUCAUAUACAUCUCAUGGACAUUGACUGCUUUGCCUGCCAGUUAUCACGCUCAUUGACGUCCUUGGGCCAUGGGUAAUGAAAUCGCCUCCUAUUGGAGCAUGGUUUCGUCCACCCUAUGAUAACGCACUCCAGUUCGUGGAAGUAGGGGGAUUGAUUCUUUUUUAUUGUUGCGUUGUCUGAAUAGAAUUUGCGACGAUGGUCUGAGGAUGUCUUUAUGGGAGGCACUUGCAAUUAUCAAAGAUUUAUCAACUUCUUGAAAAGAAGCAGGUGUGAUGGUGUUUGGGAUAUGCAAAUAUUUUCCUUCUCAUUCAAUCUUUAUCUGCCUCUUGUGAUUAGUCAUCGGGAAAUCUUGGGGGUUGCUGGACAUGCCCUGAGUUAUAAAUGUUCAAAUUGGGCACAGAAAAUUGGUGUAUUUAUCAAAUACGUUUUCUUGUAAUUAGACGUCAGAAAAGUGUUCUCAGUUUACAUGAUGUCAGCUGUGGGGGCCAACAAAAAGAAAAACCUGUUGGUAGUUAUU